AAUGUCGACGGCGACCCUGUCCUCCAGCUCAAGGCAGCCAGACAGGCUCCGAGGUCUGACACCGUCUCCCCUGCCCACCCUCCACCUCCGCUCUCUGCUCCGUUCUUGUCGUGUCGCGUGGCAGCCAGCUAGCGCGGGCGGCCGGCGCGAUGAACGGCGGCGGAGAGGAGAGCGGCAGCGACCAGGAGGUGGCCGGGAUGAGCAAGCCGCUGCUGUUGAAGAACAACGGGAGCUGGUACCGGAUGGCGGGGUCGUCGUGGCGGCAGUCGGCGGGGGCCUCCUCCAUGGCCGUGCUGCGCGAGUCCCACGUCUCCGCGCUCCUCUGCACGCUCAUCGUCGCGCUCGGCCCCAUCCAGUUCGGCUUCACCAGCGGCUUCUCCUCCCCGACCCAGGACGCCAUGAUCCGCGACCUCGGCCUCUCCAUCUCCCAGUUCUCGGCGUUCGGCUCGCUGUCCAACGUCGGCGCCAUGGUCGGGGCCAUCGCCAGCGGGCAGAUGGCAGAGUACAUUGGCCGGAAAGGGUCGUUGAUGAUCGCGGCGAUUCCGAACAUCAUCGGUUGGCUCGCAAUCUCCUUCGCGAAAGACUCGUCAUUUCUCUAUUUGGGACGGCUGCUCGAAGGAUUCGGUGUUGGUGUCAUAUCAUACGUGGUGCCUGUUUACAUAGCAGAGAUAUCUCCUCAGAACACAAGAGGGGCGCUUGGCUCCGUGAACCAGUUGUCUGUCACCAUGGGUAUCUUCCUGGCAUAUGUGCUAGGCAUGUUUGUUCCCUGGAGGUUACUUGCUGUAUUAGGAACCUUGCCUUGUACAUUGUUAAUACCUGGUCUAUUCUUCAUUCCAGAAUCUCCAAGAUGGCUGGCAAAGAUGAACUUGAUGGAUGAUUUUGAGACUUCUUUACAAGUUCUGAGGGGUUUCGAGAAUGACAUCUCAAUGGAAGUGGCUGAUAUAAAGAGAGCAGUAGCAUCAGCAAACAAAAAGGCCACGGUCCGUUUUCAAGAAUUAAAUCAGAAGAAGUACCGGACUCCAUUAUUAAUAGGAACUGGCCUUCUAGUACUUCAAAAUCUGUGUGGGAUAAAUGGUAUACUGUUCUAUGCAAGUAGAAUCUUCAGAGCUGCAGGGUUCACAAACAGUGACUUGGCUACAUGUGCACUUGGAGGUAUUCAGGUCCUCGCCACUGGAGUUACAACUUCCUUACUAGAUAAAGCUGGCCGACGGAUCCUUCUUAUUAUCUCCACUGCUGGGACGACCCUAAGCCUUCUUGCAGUUGCUAUUGCAUUUUUUCUCAAGGAUAAUUUAUCACAUGAUUCUCACUCGGACUACAUCCUAAGUAUGGUGUCCUUGGUGGCUCUUGUGGCUUACAUCAUCGCCUUCUCCUUCGGCAUGGGUGCCAUUCCGUGGCUCAUAAUGUCUGAGAUCCUUCCGGUCGGCAUCAAGAGUUUCGCGGGGAGCUUCGCGACGCUUGCCAACAUGCUCACGUCCUUCGCGGUGACCAUGACGGCGAACCUGCUGCUCAGCUGGAGUGCCGGAGGGACUUUUGCGUUGUACAUGGUCGUGAGCGCGUUCACCCUCGUGUUUGUCGUCCUCUGGGUGCCCGAGACCAAGGGGAGGACCCUGGAGGAGAUACAGUGGUCGUUCCGGUGAGCGAGCUUGCCUCGCGGUACUCGGUCAUGGCAUUGUUAUGGAAGAAGAUCACAUGUUUCGACACAAUAUAUAGUAAAGGAUACAUCUCGCUAAAAUGGUCAUCGACUCAUCGCAUCGUGUGGCAUUUCAGGUUAACGGAACUGGCUCUUCAGUCCAAUUACCACCAAACAAAUGCAGUACCAGUUCUCGUCAGAUAUUUAAAA